UCACACACACACACAUACACAUACAAUGCUACAGGAUACGAUAGCUGCCGUUCUGAUUAUAGGAGUAGUCUGGCUCAUCGUUAAACUUGCGUUUGGAAGCUCAGAUUCAUCCAGUAGCGCACAUACUCGAGCUGUAAACGCAUCGCGGCAAGGUCAAGGGCCAGGAAAGGAAUCACCUGCUGUGAAAGCAUGGCGUGAUGCGAGAGGGGAUAGAGAAAAGGAUCUCAAACAACGAAAACAGGAAAUGCUGGAAGCCGCCAGGAGGAAAUAUAUGGAAAAAGGCGAUACCUCACCCCCAACAGCAGGUCCUUCGGGAUCGUCCGGACCUAGCUCAAGUCAUGCACCACACAGUCAAGUACUCUCCACCUCAUAGAGUCUAGCAGAUUGGACCGCUUCUUUUCAUCUUAUCUUGUACAAUUUCCAACAUUCGCAUAUAUCAAGCCUAUAGAAUUUCGCAUACAUUUGUUGC